UCUCAUCAUCAGCUCUAUUUGAAUCCCUCCAUCUCAUGAACUUGAGCAGCCAUCUCGACGAGCUUCAUCAGUGCGCUUAAUCGCCUUGGAUUGCGAUCUCCCUUCUUAAUGGUCGCUUAAUAUCGCCUAUCUCCUCCAGCUCUACUUUCGAAGAAAAAACUUCACCGAUCCCUCUCCACCAUGAUCACCGACGAUGAACUCCAUCGGCUUGCCGUCUUUCUGGGCUCCUGCGCCAUGAUGAUGAUCGUCCUUUAUCACUUCCUGGAAGUGAACGCCAAAGAUGAUGAAGAUACCGUGAAUGCGACAAAGAAAUCAGCCGGCGGGGUGACAGCUACUGGUUCUGCAACUUCUACAGAGGCCGCCGGCGGCUCGUCAGCAGGAAGCAAGGACCGAUAACUUGGGGACAUUGGUUGCAUGUCGUAUUUUGUGUAUUGUAAUCAUGGCCGCUCGAUACAAUUGAGGCAUAAAAGAAAAGGAAACACAAUAAUUCUUGGUAAAAUAACUUUGUGGCUGGAUUAAUGGGAAUCCUGUUCUCCCUCCUAUGGUUAAUGUACAGAGAGGGCAAAAAAAAAAAAAAAAAGGAAAUACACUCCUCCCCUUUUGAAGAUAUCCCAUACCAUGCAAUACCAUGCCGCCUAUGCUAGAACGCC